AAAUAGAGAAAAAGAAGUCAUUUUUGUUUGUUUGUCCGGAUGUGCGUGAGUGCACGUCCAUCUGCAUUUACAAUCUUUUGAUGAUGGUAAAAUGGACACUGACAUAUAUUACUGGGCGAACAAAAACGGGCAUUGCCUCGUCUCAUAGAGCUGCACUACUAAACUGAAUAAUAUGUGCGUGAGUCAACAGAGUUUUAGAUUAGACAUUCAGUAGCAAUAACAACAACAACAACAAAGGGAAGACUAACACAUAGACACUAUGUCCGUCUAUACAGUAGAAAAUGGGCGAGCUGGAUGGAAAUCGACUUUUCUUCCCUUAUCUGACCACGUUGGCCAGUGUCUGUGCGCAAAACACGAUAUUUGUGUGUGUGUGUGUGUGUGUGUGUUCCAAACAAAAGAAGAAAGGCUCCAUCAUGUAUGCGCUACCGCACAACCGUAGAGAAAAUGGCUCACGUUAUGUUGUGUACUUCUCCGCAUUUGAUUGAUUAAACAACCCCUCACCGUUAAGUUAUCUUCCUCCCCCUCAUCUAAGUAUAGCGAAAACAUGCAACAUUAGCUGAGGGGCAAAAAAGGAGUGUACUAUAAACUGCCUCCCCCCCCCCCACAAAGAUGAUCAAGUCAGACGUAGAGAUGCAACGAGACAGCAUCUAAAAACGAAAAGGAAUCGAUCGAAUCAAUGAAUAGCUAAUGAAAGGCAACGAGUCGGCAUGUACUCUGAACAUAUAAAAAGACGACUACGAGGGUAGGCGAUGGCGUCAUCGAUCAGCGCAGGCGCAACAACGCGGCGUCUCUCUCGCAGACGCCGAACCGGAAAGAAAAAAAAAAAAUGUAUAUACGGCAGUGUGGGUAGGGAAAGAUGCGUCAACUUGUGUGCGCUGUGCCGUGAUUUCGCACUCGGCAAAACGCAAGAAGAGAGAGAAGCUGCUGCAGUUAAGAGAGAGAAGAAGCAUUUCUGGCCCCUCUUUUAUUUCAUUUUUUUUUAGUGCGUGUGUGUCAGUGUUACCGACGCGUCCACCGACGCUACUCGCAGGAUUCACGACGUCCUCAACAUUUGUUUCCCUUUUUUUUUUCCUUUUUUCUCUUUCAUUAUUGUUUUGUUUGUGUUGGUGCUGGGCGCAGUGAUAGCCAUCGGCCGGAUAUUUCGCUUCAAGUUUUGUGCGUGAGUGUAGGGUAGUUUCGUUACAAUUACUCGAGUAGCGCUCGAGAAUCAUCAUGACGUGACGUGAAAGAAAAAUCUGAUUUCUUUUCCAUGGAUUUCUCUCUUGUGCUCCCCUUACCCUAACUAGUCACAACAAAGGAAAGACAGUGCGGAAUAUUGAACGAUUUUCUACCGUGCACCGAUCAUCGAAUCGGUUAGAGAGAAUAUAGACAAAAGAGUUUCAAGUUCGAUUCGGUAAAAAGAAAUACAAGGAUGGAUAGUAGCGCUAGAAGAAGACCGGAUCGCAAUGCCGGGCCUAACGCCUAUCACGAAGACGAAGUGACCGUCUUAACCGGCCCCAGCAAAAGUGUUGGAAUAGAGGAUGGGAAGAUAAAUUACGAGAAAGGAGAGUUUUAUACGAACCCACCGGUGGCGACGUGUUCGAGGAAGCAGGCCGUCUUCAUUAUUGGGCUCAUCUUAGCGACGCUGUUGACCUGUUCGCUCAUCAUUGCCUUCGUAAGACCCAGUCAUUGUGGACACGUCGAAGAAGGACUCGACUUUCACGAAGAUGUCGCCGUGACCCCACCACCAGAAGCGAUUGCCACCAACGGCGAGCCUUUUCCAUGGAACGACGUCCGACUGCCGGACUUCAUCGUCCCGCUGCGCUACAGCGUCGUUCUCCAUCCCAAUCUGACGACGCUCUUCCUACGCGGGCAGAUGGAAGUUGUUUUCGCCGUCCAGAAAGAGACCAAUUUUAUUGUCUUUCACGGCAAGGAUGUCACUUUGACUGUCGUUAUGGUCAAGGAUAAAAACAUGAGAGAGAUCAUGACAACUCGGACGCUCUACUAUCCGUACCAUCAGCAAAUCUACAUCGAGCUGAAAAAUUACCUUAUGCCAGGCAACAACUAUUCGUUGGCACUGCGAUACGAGGGCAUGGUCCGCACGGAUCUCGAAGGGCUUUACAUCUCAAGUUACAAAUCGCCCGGCGGAGUGAAACGGUACUUGGUGACGACUCAUUUCCAACCGACAUCAGCACGUUCUGCUUUCCCAUGCUGGGACGAGCCCAAUUACAAAGCUCGUUUCAAGAUUGGUGUCGUGCGUCAACGUAAUUACGUGGCCCUCUCCAAUAUGCCACUGGACAAUACUGAAGAUGUUUCCAUCUUUUGGGGCAGUGGAUUGGUUCAAGACAAUUUUCACGAAUCUGUUCCCAUGAGUACCUACCUCGUUGCACUGGUGGUUUGUGACUACGGCCGCAUCCAUGAGGUGACUAAGACGGGCGUCACUUUGUCUAUAUAUGCUCCACCGCACAUGACUAGCCAGGCCGACUUUGCUCUUAAAGCGGCCGUCAAACUUUUCGACUAUUUCCAAUCGUUCUUCGGCUUCAGCUAUCCUUUACCAAAACUGGAUCUCAUCUCAAUGCCGGAUUUUGCUGCCGGCGCCAUGGAGAAUUGGGGAUUGGCAGUGUUCCGUGAAAGCGCCCUUCUAAUGGACAACAACACGACAUCUUCGUCGGCCAAACAGCGUGUCGUCCUCAUCCUCGCCCAUGAAUUAGCUCAUCAGUGGUACGGCAACCUCGUCACGAUGAAAUGGUGGGACGACCUCUGGCUGUCGGAAGGUUUCGCCAGUUUCGCCGAAUAUAUUGGCGUUCAUCACAUUUUCCCGGAAUGGGCGAUGAUGGAUCAAUUCCUCCACUCCAACACGAUGCCCGCCUUGAGAACUGAUGCGCUAUCCACUUCUCAUGCAGUCUCCGUCACCGUCUCCGAUCCCAUUGAGAUCGAAGCCAUUUUUGAUACAAUAUCCUACAGCAAGGGAGCAUCAAUCUUCUACAUGCUGCAGCGUGUCCUAGGAGAAGAAAUAAUGCGACGUGGGCUGAUGCUCUAUCUCGAACGUCAUCAGUUCGGCAACGCCAACAUGGACGAUCUGUGGCAGGCACUCAGUUUGGGAACUCUUAAUUCUUCGCAUCCCGUUCCCGUCAAGGAUAUGAUGGAUACUUGGACACAUCAAUUGGGUUAUCCGUUGGUGACGCUACGUCGUCAUGGCAACAUGAUUCAUGCCUCGCAAAAGCACUUUUUGUUGGUGAACUCAUCGUUGCACAGUGUCAAUUCUUCGCACAAGUGGCACGUUCCGCUCAGUUUCACUACCAGCGCUGCUCCAAAUAUCGAAAGUCAAAUCUGGAUGAGGGACCCACUAUCACUGAGGGCAUCAGAUAUUAACUUUGAGAUACCUAUGAAUGUUUCCUGGAUCAAAGCCAACGUUAACGCCAGCGGCUAUUACCGCGUCAAUUACGAACCAGCCAUCUGGCAGUCGCUUAUUCGAGUGCUGGCCAAUCAACCGACAACAUUCAGUCCGGCUGAUCGUGCCCAGCUGAUUGACGACGCUUUCACCCUUGCUUGGGCCGGCAUGCUUAAUGUGACUGUACCGCUGACACUCAGCCAGUACCUCGUCAAUGAAACUGAAUAUUUGCCAUGGUCAACAGCGUUGUAUCACCUGCGAAAAUUAGACACCGUUCUGUCUAUCAGAACGGCCCGUCGCUCCCUGCACUGUUUUGUCCGUCACCUCGUCACACCUCUUUACAGUAUAAUGGGCUGGACGACUAAAGUGCCACACAUUCAGAGCUUGCUGCAGCGCGAAUUACUGGAAGCGGCCGUUUACUUUGGUCUGUCCAGUGCUGUCAAUGAAGCCCGCCGUCUGUUCACCCAAUGGAUGUCUGGCCAGGUGCAGCUCCCUCCCGACAUUCGUGACAUCGUCUACUCGACUGGCAUCAAAUAUGGUGGAUGGACCGAAUGGGACUACUGCUGGCAGCGGUAUAAAGAGACUAACGUGCCCGAUGAACGGCUCAACUUUCUGCGAGCCCUCGCUGCUUCAAAUGAUCCCUGGAUUCUGCAACAGUACUUGGAUUUCGCCAUGGAACGGAACUCAAUCCGUGUGCAAGACAUCCGGAAGGUGGUGGAAUCGGUGGCUCAGAAUCCGGUUGGAUCUCUGCUUGUCUGGCGUCAAUUGCAGACCCGCUGGAAUAUGAUCGAGGUUACAUUUGGCCGGGCCUCUUUCACAAUAGGUCGGCUGAUCCUAGCAGCCGUGUCGCACUUCCACGACCCGCUGGAUCUCAAAUCCGUUCAAACGUUUUUCCGCAACGUCAACGUCGGAAGUGGGAAACGUUCGUUGAUGCAGUCGCUGGAACUCAUCCAAGCCAACAUCAAUUUUUUGAAUAAGAACGACCGGCAGCUGGAACAGUGGCUCAACCGGAAUUCGCCUCGCUGUUGAGAAAUUUUCUCGGCCGCUGCUGUAGCGCACUUCCUAAAUAAUGGAAAACAAAACACACAAUUUGAAAAAAAAAAAAAGGGAGAAAGAAAAGAGAAAUGGAAUUAAUUGCAAAUGGAUGACAUCCGUCGUGAAUCUGAAACUUUAUCCGUUCAUUACAUCAUAGAAUGUCGCUCAUUAUUUAAUAAUUAACUAUUAUUAACUACUAUAUACCUGUAUACAUACAUAACUACUCCAAUUGUCGUCUGAAAUGUAUUUUUCGGUGUAGUUUUAACAAAGACCUUUUCAUCUAACCCCGAAAGUCUUUGCUGCUCCUUACCCAAGAUUGUGUGUACUAAUAAUGCAUUUCCCGUUCGUGAUGAUUUGACAAAAAGAAAGAAAAACGUCUCCGUGACGAGCCACUGAGAAAAUUGUGUUAAAAUGUUCCCAGCUUUUGAUGCUAUAAUAACCUGUGCCGUACGUAUUAAUUAAUCUUCUAUUUUUCUCAGAAUAUCUUAUCGUGUCUCUUCCUCCCUACCCUCCCCCCGUGACUUUGAAAUAAUAAUUCCAAUUUAUCAUAAUUACAAUAACAAUAAGGAGGAAUGUUUGGCUGACCCCGCUCAUUACACAGGCAUACGUAGAAUGCGGCGGGGUCUAAGAGAGAGAAUAAUAUUAUGAUGAGGAAACGAGAUGGAUCGCGUCCAGCAUGAUUAUCGAUCCGAAGAGCAUGAUUAAAAAUUGCAAACUAAUGAAAUCAUCCCAGUACAUAUGUACGUGCCAUGUAUCUCUAUAUAUCUGUUCUCUUGCAAUCCCUUCGAAUUCCUUGUGUACAAUUUUAUAAACCCUCCCAGCAUACCUACGCCCACAAAUUUUACACAUACACAAAGUCCAGAACUGUCGUACAAGAAAUGUGUAAUAAUAAGUUUAACAAAAAAAAUUGAAGUUUUUACCUAGAGUAUGUCCUCGGUUUCCAAUUGUCCUCGUUGUUUGGUUACGGUUUGGUUCCACGUUUGGUUUCGAUUGAUCGUCUAUGAAAGAAAUAAAAUAGUUGGCUUUCUUUA